GUAUAUAUAUUGAGGCAGCGAACGGGACACCACAACAGUCCCGCUCUGAGACGAGGUUACGACAACAACAUGGUUUCUAAGGUUAUCUUGGUUGUGUUGGGUUUGGCUGCCCUGGUUGCAUCUGACGACAGCUUCGAAAGAUACAGAUAUGCUCCUCCAAGGGUCUCGUCCGCCUCCCGGGAAUCCUUCGAGUCCUUCGAAUCCGGCGAAGCCAAAUACAACUUCAACUGGGCCGUGAGCGACGACUCUUCCAGCAACGAAUUCGGACACCAGGAGGCCCGCGACGGUGAGAACACCCAGGGAUCCUACUACGUCCAGCUCCCCGACGGUCGCCUGCAGAAGGUGUCCUUCCACGUCGAUGGCGACGACGGAUAUGUUGCUGAGGUCACCUACUCCGGUGAGGCUCAGUUCCCCGACUCCGACGAAUCCUUCGAGUCCCGUGAGGCUCCCAGGAGGUUCUAUGCCGCCCCUGACUCCAACGAGUCCAAGUAAAUCUGGAAACCUGAUCAUUAUUGGUCGACCGAAACCGAACGAAACGAUUUUAGUAAUGUUUCGAUAUUUAUACAUAUAUAAUUUAUUCGAAUAAAUCAUAAGCGUCAUUUA